AUGUCAAUAGUACUAGCUGAGGUGGAAGCUUUGAUAUUGCAAAAUGUUCCAGAUUUGAUAAAAUCGUUGACCGGUUUCAAGGAGUCGGAGGAAAACUACAGACUUUGUCAUAAUUUCACCAUAGGUACGAUCAGAUCGGAUCGAUAUCUAUCCGUCAACAGCCAUGAAAUACGCCGAAAGAUCGAAGCGGUUAUAGAGAAUAUGGAAAUAGGAAAUUUUACAAACGAGGCUGCUCAACUGCGUCAGUGCUACGAAGAAUUAAUCAAUGAUCCGACGUGCAUGGAUCACUAUGUUCAUGAUAUCCAUUGGGCUGUGCUUUUGUUCCUGCUUACUGUAGCUUACAAUCCCAUAGGAGCUCUAAAGGAACGAUUACGAACGGGAGAAGGUAUACUUCUUUUCGAACCCGAACCGACGGAAAUACAGGUGCAAGAUAAAGAAAGGGAAGAACUGAUUGCGGAAUUGCUGGCUGAGAAUCUUCCACUUUCAAUAGGAAACGAUAACGAAGACACAGAGCUAAGCGAUUGGAGUGAUUUGGAAGAAAACUCUCACAACAACGAAAAGAUUCCACAGGAUCUUGAAUCGUCAGAAAUUGUAAAACAGCAGGAUAAUGUGUCUGUUAAAUCAACUGAUGUAAUUGUUUUCAACAAAAUUGAACCUCCAAAGCAGGAGCAAAUUUAUCAAACCUUCAGUGAGCUUGGCACUGAAUGGUUGCAAGAAAAUGUUCAAAUGACCUGGUGGACGGAACCUCAGUACAAAGUUAAUGUAAACAGCGACCACAGAGGAGCUACAUUUUGCGAUUUUUGGACUGAUCGCAUUGUCAAAGCAUCGCAUGGGUUUCUCAAAACAGAGCCAGUCUCCACCGUGUCUGAGUAUUGCGUGUUGAGGGAAAUUGUAUGGAUGUUCACCAACCCAGUCGAUUGUAAACUGUUCCGCAUCGACGACGAUCAGAUAUGGAUAAAUUCAAAUGUUUCACUAGCCAGCACCACAGAACAUGGCAUACAAACUUUUUUGCUGAAUUUCACCGAAUACAUGACUAUUGCGUAUCGUUUACGGAACUUUUGUCAAGGCAUUCUAGAGCACACCACCAAAACGUUUCCUGCACCUCACUCUUUCGAAUGUUACGCGGCCGGUGUAAAGAGCUUCCUGGAUCAUAUGGAAGCGGUAAUGAUAAACACAGAAAAAGAACUUAUGAAACAGGAACCCGGAAAAACGUAUACUAUCAUAAAACUGUUCCAUGAAUUAGAACCGGAAUUGUUUGUUCUAAAGAAACUGUACGAUAUUCACAAGUUUUCUGUUCUGGACUGGACCAAAUUUCCUGCGCAUAUUGCGGUAGCUCAUUUACUGUCCGGCCUUUUUCGAAGCGUAAAGCUUAGUGCCAACUUAGAGAAAGGGAACCUUGCCUUUGCUCUUCUCAUGGCUGCUUUGAAAUGUUACAUGAAUAUGAUUGACACGUGGUGGACCGAGGGCCGGCUUGAUGAUUGGCGGGAGGAGUUUCUUGUUGAGAAAACAUAUGCCGAAAACUCUUCUGCUGGUCUGGUAACUGGAUAUCAAGCUAGAUUAUUCUCCAAAUGCAAAAUACGAUCCUUUUAUGUUAGCUCAGCGGUUUCGGAGGUCAUCGAAAAUGACCCAAUCAUAAAGCUGCUACUGCACCACUCGCUGGAAGCCGGUUAUACUUUGAACAUUUUGAAUGGGUUGGAUAGGAUUAGUGAUAUGCGAAAAGAGCAGGGAAGAGAUGAACAUUUGAUCUACAUGCAUUUUCCCGAAACAAUCGUAAAUGAGCUAGAACAAUUUCGUACCGAAAUUCCUGCCCUGACAGAAGAGAGUGAAAAAGAGCACACAUUGGAUAUCGACAUUAAGGAUAAUAUAGAUUCCAUGUCGACAAGCCUUCAGAACCAAAUACGAGAAAUCAGCGAUGAUGAUCUAUUGCUGAUGGUUUUUAGUAGUACUCUCCAGUUGGUAGACGAAAGUAUUCGGGAAACUGGAACUGAUGCAAAAAAGAUAUCUGCUCCAACUGAAUCAUCGGGAAGAAAUCUUUCAAACGCGUAUAUGCUCUACACGAUUCUUAAUUCUAUUUCAACACUCCAACUUCCUUUAGAGCAUGUACUAUUUAAUGCGAUAAAAAAUCUCAUGGAGUCAAAGCGGCAGGCUGCGAACCACUACGUUACGUACAUUUACAAAGACGAAUUUCAUGUAAUGGAUCAUCUCAAAAACAUUCGCAAAGUUUUGCUUCUGGAAGCGAGUGAUUUGAUGGACUACUUCUACAGUGAUCUUUUCCGGCGAGUCGAAGCAGGAGAAAGCUGGGCUAAUCCUUACCUUCUCACGAUUCAGUUGAACGAUAUUCUAGCUUCAAGAUUUGAUGAUAUGACGUCGCUUUUCACUGUAGAAGUUAAUCGGUCCGCCGGAUUCAAGCUUGAUACAAACACGGUGCUACUAGCGAUCGACGAAAUCCGGAUACUUUACAACUCAAGUCAAGAUUUGAGUAACAUGAUCAACGACAAAACGAUGGCGAGCUAUAAUAGCGUGUUCCGAUUUUUGUUAAAAGUGAAGUGGGCUCUCAGUACUUUGGAAAUGUUGCGCUUUCCCGAGUCUCAAAAAAAGCGCCCUCCGUAUGCAAAUUUUGGAAUGCUUGACUUGAUUCUGAAGCGAUUAGCGAUGUUGAAAUUUUGGAUGAUAUUUUCCGUACAAUGCAUUCAUUCACAUCUGAUGACUCACGUACUACAAUCGUUUGGAGAACAGCUCGAUGAAAAGUUAGAAAAGGCCGAUAAUUUGAAUGAAAUGAUAAAUGUACACCAGACGUACAUAUGCACAAUAUUUGAUCAUUGUUUCCAGCAGAACGACAGCAAAUCAGUUAUGGAGGGAAUCAUAAGAUUGUUAAAUUUGGUGCAUAUUUUACGAGAUGAGUGGAAUUCGACGGUGCUCUAUACGGAAAUGGAUGCACGUGGGGAUAUCCAGAACGAAACUGUGAUGGAAAAUUUUAUUGCUAGCUCCCAAGUGGAUGAAUUGGAACGGACAUACUGUAAAUGUCAUCAGCAGUUAGCGAAACUUCUCAGCCGAGAGGCAUACGGAAAACACAAACUGUAUCUCACAGGUUUGGCCGACGCAUUUAGUUACAAUGUACCUUAUUAAAAGAAAUCAAUAUUGUAAGCUGCGUUUAGUGCCAAUAUCGUCCAGUAUUUGCUGCAGCUCAUCGUCUUCGAAUCGACCUUCUAGAGAAGGAAUCAGAG